AUGCUUCUGGUGAGUGAGUCGGACUCGCAAAAUGUCGUGGUUUCUCUGUCCGAGGGGAAGUUCGGGGUCCAAACCGGGUUACCCGUUGCCGCAACCCCCGCGCCGAAACCGGCCUGCGCGAACGGUUUCGGCACCUUCGCGAAGAUGGUGGGGAAAACGGAGUGCGUGGCGCCGGCGAGUUUGGUGCCUAGCUUGACUGGUGUACCGGAUCCGGACUCGACCCAGGCGUGUUCCACAGCGAAAUCGGCUGCGAGGGUCCGGGCGAGAUUCACGUUGACCGAGCAAUUGCCGACUUCGAUCACCUCCGGGGAACAAUUGCUGCAGGAAACCGGUUACGUCAACGCGAAGAAACGGGGCAUCGCAAAUUCUCUGCCCGGCGCCACCGAGGACAACGUCCUCAUCACGGGGUUCGACGUCGUGAGCGCAAGAAGAAACCUCGAGAGAAGCACCAGGGCUCUCGCGACCGCCUCGAGAUCCGUGACCACGCACUUCGAGGUCACCGACCUGGAUUCCGACGUCGCGACCUCCAUCGAGGCGGAUCUCGCCGCCUCCUCCGUCCGCACUGCCCUCGCAACACAGAUCACCGCACAGAUGACCGCGAAUCCCGUCACGGUCGCUGGCGAGACCGUGUCGGUGACCUCGACCUCAGCCACGGGCGUGACCGCGACUGCGGACUCCGGAACCGCGUCGGGCGCGGGCGCCGACGAGGACGAUGACGACAUCUGGCUGUUCGUGGUGAUUGCGGGGGUCGGGGUCGUUAUGGGAAUGUUGCUGGUACUGGUGAUGUGCAGGCACAAGCUGUGCGGCGGAGCGGCCGGGAAGACCGCGCCGCAAAGUGAGGCGUGAGGAGAAACUAAGUACUUAAAGAUCGCGUCCUCGCAUGGGAUAAGGAGUCUUGAUUCGAGCUUUAUUUUCACUAAGUCCCCUGACCGUUUCAAUUUUCAGCUUUUUACCCGUUGAUUUUCAUCUUUUUGUUUCUCACACGCAAAAUUAAUUUUCAUCUUUUUCACUAGGUUCUUGAUCCGUUUUACUUUUGAAGAGGCCCCAACAACGAAGUCUGAAACGAACCGAAGGGAGAUACGAUGAGAGGUGGAACAAGCUUUUGUUAAAUGCAUUGCCUUUGGCUUUGAUUCUCUCCUUUUCUGCGGGAAUACUAACAAACUUCUAACCUGAAUAUAGAUAUACCUCGUCUUACUCACGCACUCUCGUCCCUGGUUACAAAGCGCAUUUUGCCGAUGCCGAUGACGACGCACUACGAGUGCUUCCAUACCCGCUUUGUUGUACUGGAACUACUACAGGACAUUUCAUUCUGACAGCCAGAUACAUUUCAUUCUUCCGAAGCUUUUAAAAGCACAGUGC